UCGCACACUCCAUACUCACUCCACUGUCCACUCCCCAGCUAGCUCCGAUCCCUCGACAUGGCGGCCACCACUACUACCAUCCUUCUCCUCCUGGUCGCCGCCACCGCCGCCUCGGCGGCCGACCUCUCCGUGUACCACAACGUGCACCCGCCGUCCCCGUCCCCGCUCGAGUCCAUCAUCGCGCUCGCCCGCGCCGACGACGCGCGGCUCCUCUUCCUCUCAUCCAAGGCGGCGUCGUCGUCCGGCGGCGUCACCUCCGCUCCCGUCGCCUCCGGGCAGACCCCGCCCUCGUACGUCGUCCGCGCGGGGCUGGGCACCCCGGUGCAGCAGCUCCUCCUGGCGCUCGACACCAGCGCCGACGCCACCUGGUCGCACUGCGCCCCGUGCGACACGUGCCCCGCCGGCAGCCGCUUCAUCCCUGCCAGCUCCUCCUCGUACGCCUCCCUCCCGUGCGCCUCCGACUGGUGCCCGCUCUUCGACGGCCAGCCGUGCCCGGCGAGCCAGGACGCGUCGGCGCCGCUGCCGACGUGCGCCUUCUCCAAGCCGUUCGCGGACACCGCGUUCCAGGCGUCGCUGGGCAGCGACACGCUGCGGCUGGGCAAGGACGCCAUCGCCAGCUACGCGUUCGGGUGCGUGGGCGCGGUGACCGGGCCGACGACGAACCUGCCGAAGCAGGGGCUCCUGGGCCUCGGCCGGGGCCCCAUGUCGCUGCUGUCCCAGACCGGGAGCAGGUACAACGGCGUCUUCUCCUACUGCCUGCCGAGCUACAGGUCCUACUACUUCUCCGGCUCCCUCCGGCUGGGCGCCGCCGGGCAGCCCAGGAACGUCCGGUACACGCCGCUGCUGACCAACCCGCACCGGCCGUCGCUCUACUACGUGAACGUGACGGGGCUCAGCGUGGGGCGGGCCCUGGUGAAGGCCCCCGCGGGGUCGUUCGCGUUCGACCCGUCCACCGGCGCCGGCACGGUGAUCGACUCGGGGACGGUGAUCACGCGGUGGACGGCGCCCGUGUACGCGGCGCUGCGCGACGAGUUCCGGCGGCAGGUGGCGGCGCCGAGCGGGUACACGUCGCUGGGCGCGUUCGACACCUGCUUCAACACGGACGAGGUGGCGGCGGGCGGCGCGCCGCCCGUGACGCUGCACAUGGGCGGCGGCGUGGACCUGACGCUGCCCAUGGAGAACACGCUCAUCCACAGCAGCGCCACGCCGCUGGCGUGCCUGGCCAUGGCCGAGGCGCCGCAGAACGUGAACUCCGUCGUCAACGUGGUGGCCAACCUGCAGCAGCAGAACGUCCGGGUCGUCGUCGACGUCGCCGGCUCGCGCGUCGGGUUCGCGAGGGAGCCCUGCAACUGAGCCCGAAUCCGUCCGUGCUCCCAUUCCAUGCACGGCGGGAUGACGGCACUGCCGCAUCGAUCGGUGUGCUUGUCCUGUCCUGCUGUUAAGCUUUUGCUCCUUUCCAAUGUUGUCUGCAAUAACGGACGUGACACGGAGAAAAAAAUUGUUUCGUCACGGACUCACGGGUAGCUAGUGAGAAUCACGUAAAAGUGCCUGCCAGAGUGUGUAUUCUGUAUUGCUUUCGUUGAUGUUCUGUAAAAUGUCUGUUGGCCUGUUUCAAGAGGUUAAUUUGGAGGUGGCGAAGACUUCAAAUUCGUACUGUA